AAUUUUUCCCCAUUUCAGUUAUCCUUAUUGGAGGGCGCAUGGGCGGAGCUUUUCCUCCUUUUCGCUUUUGAAAGCUCAACGCUCUUUGAAGAAACAUCCAAGUUUAUACCUACUCGUUUACUACAGGCAUUGAAUGCCUUACAAAACAAUUUUAAACGACUAGAAAUGGAUCAGUCAGAAAUUGUAUGGCUUCGAGGGGUUUUACUGUUUCGCCCGGAAUUACCAGGAAUUGAGAAUUCGGCAUUAGUGCAGCAAUUACAAGACCAGUCCAUUUUAGGCCUGCAGCAACAAUCAAUGCGCCGUUCCCCCCAAAUUACCCGUUUUGGACGUAUUCUUUUAUUCUUACCUACUCUAAGAUUGGUAGCAGACCCAAAAUUAAUUGAAGCAGUCUUUAUUAAUUUAGCUUUUGAUAAUAAACCAGUGAAUAAAGUUUUGGAAACUUUAUUGACAGAAAUAUAA